GAUGAUAACUGAACUAAGCAACAAUUGUUUGAACAAUACGAUUGUAGUAUUAUAAUACAACUUUAGUAAUCGGUUUUAUUAGCAGUGUAUAUUGUGCGCGUAUCAAUAUGUUACUUUUAAUAAUAACUACUCUAGUUUACAUUCUGCAAUUAAACAACAAUGGUUUGUGUGCUGAACUUACGGAAAAAACUACACUAUCCAAUUAUACAAUACAUGAGGAAAGUGCUUUCGUAUUUCUCUAUCCACGCACAUUCCUUGCCGGAAAGAAUGAAACCGUCUGUGCAGUGUUCCAGAGUAAAUAUUUUCCUGCACGCAUUAAAAUUGACAUGAAAAUUAAGAAUAAACACACUGUUUAUCAUGAAGUACUACAAUCAGAGACUGAUUGUUUUAAUAUGACAAUUCCGUUGCACAAGAGUUUGGAAGUUUUAACUGCGGAUUUAUUAAUUUACCUUGAAUCUGGUGGUAGCGUAUUGCAUAAAAAAAGCUACGAGUCGGUUUUGAUUUAUCCUGGAACUGAUGUCAUAUUCAUGGAAACUGAUAGAAAUAUUUAUCGACAAGGAGAUAAUGUGAAGAUUAGGAUUGUAAAGCUUACACAAGAUAUGUUACCAACAAAUAAUGCAACGCAUUUGGAUAUAAAAAUUAUAAAUCCACAAGGAUUUACUGUACAUGCUGAAAGUAAUUUGGUUCCACGGCUUGGUAUUGUUCACUAUGAAUACCAACUGGCUAAUUCAACGACAUAUGGCACAUGGAAUAUUGAAUGUAGUACAUACAGAAAGUCAUUUUAUCUAAAAAAUUAUCUUCUACCUCGAUAUAAAGUUUAUAUAAACGCACCUAAAGGAAUUUUUGUGCGUGCAGCUUAUCUAACAUUUAAAGUUUGUGCAAAAUAUACAUUUGGUAAAGGUCUACGUGGAUAUUCAUUUGCAAAGAUUACUUAUUUACAUGAUUCCUCAUUUUCAACCAGCAAGUUACAAGCUCUUGCUGAUGGUUGUACGCAAUUUACCUUUAAUAAUAUCGAAAUAUCACUUUCAAAAAUUAAUGUAAAAUCACAAACAUUAAACGUAUUCGUAACAGUAACUGAAGACGGUACAAAUCGAAUGGAAACCGAAACAAUUCACAUCAACGUGCAUCAAAAACCGUACGAGCUGAAAUUUUUAACUGAAGCAUCUUACUAUCAACCUGGAUUACCUUAUAAAAAUAAAUUAAAAGUUUCGAAAGGUUUCCUGAAUGAUUAUAGUAAAGAAUCAGUUGAAAUAUGUUAUCAAAUCGCGUGGAAAAACGAAUGGAACUUGAAACCAAUCGAAUGCGCUGUGUUUCAGUUCGACCAAGAUGGCGUCAUACCGUUUAGCAUUCUACCAAUGAAAGAAAACGUAAAACAAGUUAAAAUUACCGCAAAAUCAUUAAAUUAUACUAAUGUGAUUGCAACACCUUUGAUUCUACGACGUUGGUAUUCUGUAUCAACGAGUUAUUUGAAAAUUGAAAGGAAUUCAAAGCUUUAUACGAAAUGCAAAGCACCGCAACAGUUUACAGUUUAUUUUACCGUAAACAAAUUGAAACAUAACGAACAUGUUACUUUCUAUUACAUGAUUACUUCAAGUAACGAUAUUUUAAUGCUAAAAAAGUAUUAUCACAUCGUAAACAAAUCAAUUAUUGACUUUGAAAAUGAAAUAGGAAAUACUCUGAGUACUGCUAAUAAUAAAUACAUCAAAAUGGAGAACUACGUCGAUAAAUUCGUCCUCAAGUUUAAGACUCCCGAGAAAAUUUAUUCCAAAGGACAUUUAACGGUAUUUUAUAUUAACAAAGGUGAAACAAUUUCAAAUAGUAUCAAUUUAUACGUUGAAAAAUGUCUACCGAUUAAUGUAACAGCAAAAUGGACGACUGGUAACACACAACCGGGUGAUGAGAGCAAGCUGAUAAUAAAAACAAGAAAACCAUCGACCUGUGCCAUCAGCAGUGUUGAUAUAGCUAAUUAUUUCUUGGAUUCAAACAAACGAUUAAAUGUUAAUAAAAUUAUCCAACCGUUUAUUGUUCAGCGAGAGUUUAAAUCAAAUAGACCAAGUUGUUUGUUUGCUACGAGUCAAUCAAAAGAUGUUAUGUUACCAGAAAGUAAUAAACAUAGCAAUUCAUCAAUGGGUUUUGAUUCCUUUGAGGACUUUAAUAAUGUUGGAAUCGCCAUGAUUACAAACACAGGGAUUAUUUCUAAGCCUUGUAAGGACAAUGGUGAAUCUUUAAAUCAAAACAAAUUAGCACCGUAUUAUCAAAUCAUAACUGAGGAUGAAUAUGCAAAAGUCGACCAGGAUUGGAAUGAAAUUAGAUCGUAUUUUCCAGCCACGUGGCAUUGGGAUUUAAUUGACACAGACAAACAUGGAACCAUUUUACUGAAGACCAAAACACCGGAUUCUAUAACAACAUGGAAUACAAAUAUUCUUUGUACAUCCGAGGAUGGUGUGGGUGUGACAAAUGUUAAACUUGUAACAACAAAAUCAUUUUUUGUUGAUUUCAACAUUCCGCAAAAACUUAACCGACACGAGAUAUUAAACCUACAGAUUUCUGCGCAUAACUAUUAUAAUUAUAGCUUACCAAUACAAUUGAUUCUGAACACAACUUUGGAGGAAUUAGAUCCAAAUGCAUUAAAAGACGUCAUUGAAAUUCCAGCAAAUGAAGUUUUUAUUAAAUCUGUACGUUUGCGAUCUGCUAAAGUACAAAAUGCGACAAUUUCAGUUCAAAUGAAGCUUGGUUAUCAUGGCAAAGACUGGUCUGGUUCAUAUUUUGAAACAAAUGCUUUAGAUACAGUUGAAAAACAAAUUAAUGUUGUUUAUGAAGGAUACCCACAGGUUAAAACAAAAACAAUCCUGUUAUGUGGUUUGAAAGAAUUACACAACUUAACAUGGAAUCUGGAUGUGCCAGGAGAUCACAUCGUUGGCUCACAGACAGUUUCAGUUGUUUUAUAUUCUGAUUUAAUGGGGCCUGUGAUGCAUAAUCUUGAAGAGCUAAUUAUUUUACCCACUGGUUGUGGGGAGCAAAUUAUGGCUGUCAUGGCGCCCAACUUCUACGUUAUGAAAUACUUAAAAUCAAUUAAUAAUUUGUUACCAUACGUGAGAAAACGUAUCUUAAAAAAUCUACAAAUAGGAUAUCAGAAGAUACUUGAAUAUUUACAUGAUGAUGGCUCAUUUUCAGCGUUUGGUGAAUUAGAUUCGUUAGGAAGUAUGUUUCUAACAACAUUUGUUUUGCGCAGUUUAAACGCUGCAAGUGAAUAUAUUUUUAUUGAUCCAAUGGUUACAAAUAAUGCACUUGAAUGGAUUUUGAAACAUCAACUGGAGAAUGGAUGUUUUGCAUCUGUCUCACAUGUAUUUCAAGAUAUGGGUGGUGCAAGUAUGGAAAAUAGCACAUCUGCAUUGACAUCUUAUGUGAUAAUCAAUUUAUUAGAGUCAAAACUUAAUAUUUCUCAAACAGUUCGUCAUAAUGCAUUGUUUUGUAUUCAUGGCCAGUUUAAUCCUGAUGUUUAUUCAUUAGCUAUUAAUACUUAUGCGUUAUAUUUGCUUGGGGAUAAUGCUGGGGCCGAUAAUGGGCUUAAUAUAUUGGUAAAAAGUGCAAUUACUGAAGAUAACUUUAUGUGGUGGAACAGUACCCGAGACUCAAGAUCAAUGGAUAUUGAAACAACGGCAUACGUACUGAUGUCAUUCAUGCACAAAAUAUCAAAUGCUAAUUUAAUCUAUGCCAAUGCAAUCGUGCGUUGGUUGCUGAAUCAAAGAAAUGCACAUGGGGGAUUUUCAUCUAGUCAGGAUACUGUAGUUGCAUUGGAUGCAAUCACACGAUACGCAACUAUCAUGAAUGAAAGAAACCCAGAAAUGAAUAUAACUGUGUUUGAUGACAACGUACACUACAAUGCACAAUUCAAAAAGAAAGAACUUUCAAGACAGGAAGAAUUUACUUUCCCGAAGAACACGAAAAAACUAAAACUCUCUUAUGAAGGCACUGGUUGUGUCCUCACAGAAUUUAUUUUACGCUACAAUAUUGAUAGUCCUAGGAAUAACGAAGCGUUUGAGUUGAAUAUAGAUCCAAUAACGAAUACAGCUAAUUGUUUGAUUAGCACAUUGGUGCCAUGUUUCAAAUAUGCGAAUGUGAAUCAACCGACGAUGAUUGUAAUGGAAAUAUUUAUGCCAUCAGGAUUUGAUUCGGAAAAAGAGUCUUUACAUAACAUAGUUGGGACACAUAAAAAUUUGAAGAAAAUUGAAGAGUUUUCGAACAAAGUCGUGUUUUACUUCACGGAUCUCUUUAGUGAAACUGUUUGCAUUCCGUUUAACAUCAGUCGCACAACAAUGGUCUCAAAACUUUACAAUUCUUCAAUCUGGUUGUAUGAAUACUACAAUCCUGAUCAUCAAAUUAUUAAGACAUAUAAUCUACCAAACGAGUGCUUAACUUAAAGUACUUGGAGUGAAAAGAGUUGUUAAAUAUAAAUAGUACUUAUUUUAUUCACAAUAGACUUGAGGUUCACUGCCAUCCCAAGCUUGAAAGACUUUACACUCCAUCUCGCCAAUGCAUGGAUGUAACAAACACAAAUGAUCGUAGAUCCAACAGUUUAAAGUAGCUAAGUAAAAAGUUAAAUGAAACCGUUUAAUUUUUAGUAUUGUAAGAGUUCUAUGUACUUACCAUCAGUACAAAUAUUAUUUAGACAACAACCGCCACAACAAUCUUUAUGUUCCCCACACUAAACAAAUAUCAUCAUAUUAAUUUAACUUUUUAUCAUUAAAAUAUAAUUUUACGUACAAAAUGACCGGGAUAUUGACAAACUUGUCCGUAAGCAAUCGACACACAUGUGUACAUCAAUAUUAAUGUGAUAAACAUGAUUUUAUUUCCUUGAUUAAUAAAAAAAAUUUUAAAAAUGA